AUGACCGUCGGCGCGCCCAAAGGCAUGUCCUUCGCGCAGCGCCUGCCGGGCAGCCCCCGCUCCCAGGCCGCUGUCCUCUUCACUCUCGUCCUCUGCACACUCACCUUCCUCCUUUUCGAAUACGACCACCUCCCAACACGCGCCACCGCCUGGGUCCCGGAACGGCUCAAGCCCAGCCGUCCACCAGACCUGGUGUCGACGUAUGAGCUGCCUUCCUCGGCUGUCCGAAACGUACGCCACCUUCGCAAGUGGUGCGCAGCGCCCGAUGAGUUCGAGCAGCACUUUGGGCGCGCCAACCUCCGCCGCUCGAGAGGAUAUGAGGCGCUUCGCGGAGAACCCAUCAAGGUUGCAGCGAUUGGAGGUAGUGGGCACCAUAUCUACGACUCUGAGACGUGGAUCUCGUUGCUGCGCGACUGGCUCGCAGCCCGUUUCCCUCACUCCAAGGUUGACGCCGUGAAUGGCGCCAUCCCCGCUAGCGGCAGCGACUAUUUUUCUUUCUGCAUGAAGCUUCACAUCCCCGAAGACGCCGACCUCGUUGUCGUCGAGCUUGGUGUCAAUGAUGAGGCGCUUCCGGAGCAUGAGACGAACAUGGAGAACCUCCUGCGCGGCUUACUUGACCUCCCCAACCAGCCCGCUGUCAUGCUCCUCGAGGUCGUCGCCUUCAGCCAGGGAGAGAUGGCCGGCGGCGGUUACCGGAAACACCUCCCGAUCGCGCAGUACUACGCUAACAGCAGCUACUGGCACGAGCCCGACAAGCGACAUAUGAACUCGCGCGGGCACGCUGAUGCUUCGCGACUGGUCCAGAGUCUGCUUCGUGACGCCGUGUGCGAGGGCCUCCAGGAGCCGGACGUGCUGUUCCCGCCGAAGACGCCCAUGCCCGUCGAGCGGGCGGAGAAUGAGUCCUUCGACGAGCUUUUGCGCGGAGCCUACGGGAACACGCCGCUGCAGCGGCCAGCGCACUGGGGCGAUGAGCAGCGCCCUUGGUCUCACCACGUCGACGCGGACCCGGACAAGGGUAUUCCCGAAUCUGACAACUGGUAUCCGGGCAUGUACACCCCACCACCGGAACUCGGACGCCUGCCCCGCCUGUCGGCGCUGGAGAAGUGGAACCCGCACGUCGACCACCGCCUCGCCCCCUGGCACCCGACCUGCUACUCCGCCCGCUCGCCCGACCCCGCGUAUAACAUCACGCCGACGGCGAACGAGGGCUGGCACUACUGGUUCCACCCGGACCACACGGACAAGCCCUUUUUCGUGGCUGAGGAGCCUGGAGCCAAGAUUCAGUUCGAGCUCGAAACAAAGGUCGGCCUCGUCAAGCUCUACUCCCUCAAGAGCAAGGAGUACGGCCUCGGAAACCUCAAGUGUUGGGUUGAGGGAGUGGAGGAUAAGGCCGUCGUGGAACAUUGGCCGAUUUGCGACGAUUGCGGAGGGUCUGCCUGCUGGCAAGCACAAGGUGACGUGCGAGCUGCUCAAGGAGACCAAGGACCCGGGCGGCGGCACCAACUUCCGCCUGAUUUCGGUUAUGAGCCGUUGGAUGGCAAGAGCGGGCAGAGCGGAAUGACGCGAGAAGGUUUGGGCGGCACUGCAGCGGGCGGGAGUUCCCCGCAUCCUACCCCGCAUCCCGAGGUAGCGUCAGAUCCUCGAUCUAUCUGCCCACUUAUCACUUAUCUCUCCACCACCGCGACCCGCGACGCGCUGCUGGCAUUCGCGAACCCGACCACCGACCUCGCCGUAUCUUCAUCUUCGUCCUCUAUCGUCGCUGGCGGCGCCGGAGGACCAGGACCCUCCUGCCCCGCCGGCGAUGGGGGACAGACGCCGUUCGUUUUCACCCUUGGUUUAGUGCAUCCUCACUGCAUACCCGAGGAUGUGUCCGAGACGGCGUUUGAGUCGUUCGAGUCCUUCGAGGAGUGGAAGGCGCGCCAGGCCGCCGAACAGACAGCUCGGAAACCCGCCGCCGUCCCGAUCGAUAAUCGCACGCACUCUACUCCCAACGCCAACUCGUCCUCGGCCCUCAGCUCUGUCCCCGAGUCGAACGUAGCCGCUGCCGACCCUCCGCCACCACCUCAGACACAAGGCAAGAAGGCGAACCGGUACAACUACGCCUCGCCCGACUGUUCCGCUCGUGUCAUCUCGUCCUCGCCCGCGACGCAGCAUGCCUCCUCGCUCCUGCACAAGAGCAAGGAUCGAUACAUGCUCACACCCUGUCGGGCGAAUGAACACUAUGUCGUCGUCGAGCUCUGUGACGAGAUCCGUAUCUCGGCCAUCGAGGUUGCCGUCUGGGAGUUCUUCUCGGGCGUCGUGCGCUCCGUCCGCCUCAGCGUCGGCGGGGAGGAGACGGAGGAAUGGAAGCCCGUCGGAGAGUGGAUCGGCAAGAACGUUCGCGGUGUGCAGACAUUCACGCUCCCCGAACCGACGAGUUUUCACCGUUUCGUCCGCCUCGACUUCCCCUCCUACUACGGGACAGAGUACUACUGCCCCGUGUCGCAGCUCAAGGUUUACGGCCUGAACCAGAUGGAAGCGUUCAAGAUGGAGCAGCGCCGCUCAGCGGAAGCGACACGGGACGAAGCCGCCGAGGCUGCUGAGCGGGAACGCCAGCUCGUGCAGCGGGAGCAGGAGCGGAUCGAGUCUGAGCGUCGCGCCGCCGAGGCGAAGGAGAAGGAGGAGGAGAGCAAGCGCGAGCAGGAACUGUGCGAGCUGGAGAAACUCGUCCAAGCCCAAGCUCGCCGAGGGAGGGAGCUGGACUAUGAGGAGAUCAUCCAGUGCGCACCUGCGAGUGUGGCGAGCUCCGCUUCGCUUGGCUCGAGUGUCGCGGCGGGUAUUUCUAGCGCAGGCUCUGUCCCCAGCGGCGACGGGACUGUUACCGUCCCCGCGGUGCCGAACAGUAGCGCUGGCGUAACUGCCGUGAGUGCCGCUGCGUCCGAGAACGGUUCCUCUGUCUCGUCCGCGGCACCCUUACCAAGUGCCCAGAAACGCGACGCUUCCGAGUCCAUCUACGCGCACAUCGUGCGCCGCCUCUCCGCGCUAGAGGGAAAUGGCACGCUGGUCGCACGAUACAUCGAUGAGCAAGCCAGGGCUCUCCGCGGUGCCGUGUCUCGCUUAGAAGCGGUCCAGCAAACUCUGCUAGCCGCCCGCAACGACGCCGAACGAGCCCACGCAGGCGCCGACGCGCGGCUCCUCCGCCUCUCGACGCAGGUCGAGUAUCUCCGUCUAGCCGGAGAGAGGGACAGACGAGCGGCCCAGGCGCAGCUGCGGGCUCUGGCGGACGAACUCGGUUUCGAGCGGCGCAAAUCCGUCGCGCAGCUCGUCAUUCUGAUCGGUAUCGUGGGACUGGCCCUGUUCUCGAAGAGCGCAACUGUCGAAACCCUGCUCCGACCACUGAGCGAACGUCCUCGCAAGAAACAUGGGAAGAAGCUCAGCUCCGGACCGUUGGCGGGACUAGUCAUCGACGUUGCGACGCCGCGCCCGCCGCUUGACCCGGAAGGCAAGGGAUGGCGCGACGAGGACGACGCGCUCGGGCGGCCCACGAGUCCCCUCUCCCCCUCCCAGCCGCGGCGGCGGAAGGGCUCACGCCCCACGACGCCGACACUGGCCCACCUCAAACGGCGAGCGCUCGCGCAGCGCUCCCUGUCCAUGAUCCACGGCGAGACCGAGGAUCCCGUGGCCCCCGCGCCGCGGAGCAAGUUGCGGAGCGCACACCUCCACCCUCUGCGCAGGGCGGACGACGACCUGCCCCCCUAUCCCGCCCGAUCGCCACGUUCGCCGACGUUGCGCUCACCAGGGUUCCCGCAGCGCUCGCCCCGCGCCGCGCUGACGCCGACACCGAGACGAAGGCGGUUCCCAACGCAGGGCGCUGAGGACGGGGACGAGCAGUGGGACACGAGCGUGAACGGGACAAGCGCGAGUGCAAGUGGGGCGAGUGAUCCGAACGAUCCGGCCAGCGCCAGCGAGGCCAGCAACGAACUCGCCAGCGAGGAGGAGGAGUACAAUGGUAUUGGAGGGCUACAUCCGCGGUUACUUAGACAUGAGGGGAGCUUCUCGACUUAG